ACAAUUCCAAAAUGGGCUCAAGCCAUCCUCUUUCCUCUGGAAGAAAUCGAAUUAGUAUUUUUAGUUGGGGAACCCUAUUCUGGUGAGAUGAGAGGAAUAGCUAAAACACUUGAAAUUGAUGUUGGAUAUAUAUUGGCCACAAACCUUGCCUAUGAAGCUACAGCGUAUUGCACUAGUAUAGUUGCUCAAGAUACAAAAGGAAAUAUUUAUCAUGGGAGAAACUUGGACUAUGCUUUUCCUGAAAUACUCAGAAACAUCACCGUGGAUUUGGAUUUUAUUCAGAAUGGGAAGAUUGCAUAUACAGGAACAACCUUCCUAGGUUAUGUGGGAUUAUGGACUGGUCAAAGCCCUUACAAGUUUACUGUAUCAGGUGAUGAAAGAGCAAAAGGGAAGUGGUGGGAGAAUGCCAUCUCUGCACUUUUCAAGAGAAGUUCACCUGUCAGCUGGCUGAUAAGAGAUGUAUUGAAUAAUGCCAGAGAUUUUGAGGAGGCUGCACUGCUGCUUUCAAAGACUCCAAUUAUAGCUGAUACAUAUUACAUUAUGGGUGGCACUAAGGCAAGAGAAGGGUUGGUCAUCACCAGAAAUCGGGAUGGGCCUGCAGACCUCUGGCCUUUGGAUCCCCAAAGAGGAGAAUGGUUCCAUGUAGAAACAAACUACGAUCACUGGACCACCCCACCACCAUAUGAUGACCGACGGUAUGAGACAGAGCCUCAAAAUAAUCAGUGA